CUGCUGCGAUAUGAUGCACCCAGCGCCGGGGAACUUCACAAUCAACUACAAAUCCCAGAAGGCAGCCGCCGCGUUCGUGGACUACAAUUCCCUGCGUGCCCUCCGCCGGUGUAACGUAGCCCUGUUCCGUGGUGGGAUUGAAGGUUCUGGUAAUCACCGAUGCGAUCAAAGAGCUGCGGCAGAGAGGCGGGGGACUGAAAUCGUUUGGUAUAAAAUGCUCUGGUUUGAGGGCUCGAUCCCUGCUGCCAUCGCCUCGGCCAAACUGCAAAACUCCGUUUUUGUCGUCGUCAUCACAGGGGAUGACGAGCAGUCCACGCAAGUGAUCUCCAGCUGGGAAGAUGGCCGAGUCACGGAGGCAACGGGCCAGUCCUUUGUUGCGAUUAAAAUUGAUGCCAAGAGCGAGACCUGUGUGCAAUUUUCCGAGAUCUACCCCGUGGUGUGCAUCCCGUCCAGCUUCUUCAUAGGCGACAACGGCAUUCCUCUGGAGGUCAUAGCUGGCAGCGUUCCCGCGGCGGAGCUGGUGAAGAGAAUCGAGAAGGUCAAGCAGAUGCACACGCAGAGGCAGGGAGGACAUGGAGCAGGACCCACGCCCCCGCCUUCCGUCGCCCCGGAAACAGCCACGCCGCAGGAGCCAAUCAGUGGCCCUUCGGGAGCCGCUGAGCUAGCCGAGCCCCGCCCACUCGCUGCCGCCGCUGACGGCCCUGCCGCUCCAGCUGCUUCGAAAGAGUCCCUGUCCAGGCCUGUGGAGGACAGCACAAGCUCUGGUCAGAUAAGUCCAGCAGAGGAGUCAAGCGCCUCACUUGAUGAUGCAUCCGCUGGUUCCCAGCUUGAAGAUGAUCUUGGUGUAAAGGUUGAAAGGUCAGGAUGUCAUCCACCGGUGUCUGGCCAUCUUGUCCCACACUCCCUUGCCCUUUGGGUAAAUGAAAAGCUGCCCAGCCAUGGCAUCUGGACACGUGACCUGUGUUGGUUGGAGUUCACUCCUCAUUUCCCUUUGUCCUCCCAGGACCGGGCGGAGCGGGCGGCUCGCUACACGAAGACCAAGGAGGAGAUGGACGCCGCGAAGGCAGCUGCUCUGCAGGCCAGGCAGGCUGAGCUGGACGCCAGGAAGGAGUCCUCUCUGAGAGAGAGAAGUGCGAUAGCGAGGAUACAGUUCCGGCUGCCCGACGGCUCUUUCUUCACCAACCAGUUUCCUUCGGAGAGCCGACUGGAGGAAGCCAGGCAGUUUGCAGCUCAGGAGGUUGGCAAUAAAUACGGCAAUUUCUCGCUAGCAACCAUGUUCCCCAGAAGGGAGUUCACUGGGGACGACUUCGACAGAACCCUGCUUGAGCUGGAGCUCGCCCCGAGUGCCUCGGUCGUGCUGCUGCCGCAGACGGGGAGACCCGCGAACACGGUGGUCCAGGCCUCGGGCGGAGGGCUGUGGGCCGUCCUGGGGACACUCUUCUACCCUCUGCUGGCCGUCUGGAGGUUCCUCAGCAGCUUCCUGCUCUCCAGCCCCCCGCCUGCAGGGCCUUCCACGAGACAGGCGCCCCAGCCCUCCACGUCGGCGGCAGCGGAGCCAAAGAGAGAGACAGUCCGGAAAAGAGUUCUGGAAAAACGUACAGAGGACUUUAAAAAAGAUGGAAAGAUCUACAGACUAAGGACUCAGGAGGACAAUGAGGAUGAUAACAACACUUGGAAUGGAAACUCUACGCAGCAGAUGUAGCUUGUUGACACCUACUAAUGUGCAAUAAUUUUUCUUAAUCUGUUUUGAGUAAUUUGUAAUACUGAUCAGUAAGGGGUGACUUUUCUGUACAGACCUGGAAAUGUGUUUCCACCUCCUUUGCAUGGGUUAAAAUAAUCAAGUGACUCUUGGCUGGCUUGAGCACCAAUUUCUUUAGUUUUAAUUUGACGCUGAUUAUCUAACUCUUCCUCAUUAGAAUAUAGAGAAAGCCACCGUGCUUCAUUGAAAUGCCUGCAAACUGGUGAUGAGGAGCCUUGUCUGUGUGGGUAUCUUGUGAAUUGGGUUGUCAUUACAACACACGGCACAGAGUUCCAACGGCUGUGGGAUCUGUGAAAUGCCUGUAAGUGACGCAGCACGUUUCAACCUCCCGCUGAAGAAGACCAGAUUGAUUCCGAAACCGAUGUGAAGGGAUAUCAUUUAACACGUUUCUUUGAUUAUGUCCCCUUAUGCUUGUAUAGUCUUCCUGUAAACAAUUGGUAUCCUUUACAGCUCCAUUCAAUUAUAGAAAUAAAAGGUUUUUCAGCAAA